GUUGUUGAUGAACGGGGUAAGAACUACACUGUUUACGGUGAUGAAGCCGUUUCUCCAGAAAUUACCGAGUACAUUAGAGGUCGAUUGGCCAACAGCUUCCGACAGGUCAUGGAUCACGGAAUUAUGGAAAGUGUGCUGUAUCCAUCAACAUCCUAUCAUCCUUGGUCUUUCAUUGAAGAUAUUGCUUAUUACUCCGUUGAAAAGCACUUUAACUCCGUCUAUUCCCGUCUAACCCUCUGUAAUACGUUCAAACUGGAUCAGGAUGGCAAAGUUCGUGAAAUUUCAGUCAUGGAUUGGUAG